AAAUACGAAAAAUACAAAAAAACAAACAAACAAAUAUUGAUUAGUUAAUUAACUAAUAUUGCAAAUGCAUAUUGUGUCAAAUUAAAUUUAAGCUAUAUUUAAAAAGUGUUAGCAACAGCAAACGCAAUUUGUUUGCAGCUACCGAACCCCCCCGCAAAACCCGCCCCGCAGUUUACCUAUUGAAGAAUAAACAAAACCAAAAAGAAGCAAAAACAAUCCGUCAAAAUUCAGCAAAAUCUGAAAAUGUUGCACGAGGCUCUGAUGCUCGAGAUCUACAGACAGGCGCUUAACGCCGGCGCCCUGCCCACAGCACGUCCACGUUCCACGGAAUCGGCGAAUUCCAGCGAGCGCUGCCCCUCGCACGAUUCCAAUUCCUCGGACAAUGGUGGCCAGCGGGACGCGACGCAUAUGUCUGGUGGCGUGAUGCCCGUUGUGCCGACCACAAUGCAUUCAACAUUCCCGGCGGUGCCGCAAUCGCUGCCCGCCCAGCCGUCCUCCAUGGAGGCCUACCUGCACAUGGUGGCCGCCGCCGCACAGCAGUAUGGCUUCCCGCUGGCGGCAGCUGCUGCUGCGGGGCCACGCCUGCCGCUGCCGCUGCCCAGCGAGGCGGCUGCGCCGUUUAAGCUGCCGCCACAAGCCUCGCCCACCGCCUCCAGCAGCAACUCGGAGGCGCUGGACUUUCGCACCAAUCUAUAUGCGCGCGCCGAGUCCGCAGAGCCGGUGGCCUCCGAGGAGGAGGAGGAAUUCGACGAUGGCGGCAACAAUCCGCUUGAUCUCUCGGUGGGCACGCGCAAGCGCACCCACGACACGCAGAGCCCCAUUGGCCAGAUUCAGGUGAAGAAAAUGUUCAAAUCGGACAGUCCGCCGGCGAAUUCCUCACCGGCUGCAGCCUCAGCGCCCCUCAUGCCCGGUGUUAAUCCCUAUUUGGCUGCAGUCGCUGCUGCCAAUAUAUUUCGCGCCGGCCAGUUUCCCGACUGGAAUGGCAAGAAUGAUCUGGUAGUGGAUCCGCUCGAGAAGAUGUCGGACAUUGUCAAGGGUGGCGGCGGCGGCGGCGGUGGCUCCUCGUCGAUGCACAAGGAAAAGUCACAGAAUAAAGCGACAACACCCAACGCAGCCGCUGCACCGCCGCCCAAAAGUCCCGCCAAUCAAACGGGCGCCGGCAACUCCAGCGGCAACUCCACGUCAAAUAAUGCGUCGGCGGAGGGCGGCGCCGCUGGCGGCGGGGUGACCAAGGCGCGCCACAACAUCUGGCAAUCGCACUGGCAGAACAAGGGCGUGGCCAGCUCGGUGUUCAGGUGCGUGUGGUGCAAGCAGAGCUUCCCCACGCUCGAGGCGCUCACCACGCACAUGAAGGACAGCAAGCACUGCGGCGUCAACGUGCCGCCCUUUGGCAAUCUGCCCAGCAAUCAGCCGCACCACCACUCGCACUCCAAUUCGGGUGCUUCGCCGGGCGGCGGCAGCCACCACCAGCAUCAACACCACCAACAGCAGCAGCAGCAGCAGCAGCACCACCACCAUCAGCAGCAGCGCAAACAGUCUGGCAAUCAGGCGCCCUCGGCGAACGUGAAGAACGCGUUCCAGUAUCGCGGCGAUCCGCCCACGCCGCUGCCGCGCAAGCUUGUGCGCGGCCAGAACGUCUGGCUGGGCAAGGGCGUGGAGCAGGCGAUGCAGAUACUCAAGUGCAUGCGCUGCGGAGAGAGCUUCCGGUCGCUGGGCGAUAUGACCAAGCACAUGCAGGAGACGCAACACUAUACGAACAUCCUGUCGCAGGAGCAGAGCAUCUCGAUUAAGUCGGGCAACGCGAACGCGGAUCACAGCAAGGAUGGGGGCCAGAACAGCCUCAGCUCCGAGGAGUCGCGCACGCUCUCCGCCGUGCUCACGUGCAAGGUGUGCGACAAGGCCUUCAGCUCCUUGGGCGACCUCAGCAAUCAUAUGGCCAAGAACAAUCACUACGCGGAGCCGCUGCUGCAGUCCGCCGGCGCACGCAAACGGCCGGCGCCCAAGAAGCGCGAGAAAUCGCUGCCCGUGCGCAAGUUGCUCGAGCUGAAGGCCAAUCCAAACGAGGAGCAGCCACCGCUGGAGAAGAACAGCGGCAGCAAGCCAGAGAAAUCGGAGGCCGCGCUCUUCGCCGAACGCAUGCGCCAGUACAUAACGGGCGUCAAGUCGCCGGAGGAGAUAGCCAAAGCGGCCCAGCUGCUGGCCAAGAACAAGUCGCCCGAGCUGGAGCAGAAGAACGGCGCCAGCGGCACGGGCAAGGCAGCUGCGGCCGGCUCAUCGUCGGUGCUGAGCGCCAUCGAGCAGAUGUUCACCACCAGCUUCGACACGCCGCCGCGGCACGCCAGCCUGCCGGCCAGCAGCCCCUCGAACUCGUCCACGAAGAACACCUCGCCGGUUGCCAGCAGCAUACUGAAGCGUCUGGGCAUCGAUGAGACCGUCGACUACAACAAACCGCUAAUCGACACCAGCGAUCCCUACUAUCAGCAUUAUCGCUACACGAGCAGCGAGCGCAGCGGCAGCGAGUGCAGCGCCGAGGCAAGGCCACGCCUCGAGGCGCCCACGCCCGAGAAGCAGCUGCAGCAGCAGCAACAGCAGCCGGCGGCGGCGUCCGUGCAGGAGUUGCCCAUUAAACAGGAGCCGGAGUCGAGCCUCAAAAUGGAGAUCAAGUCUGAGCUGGGCGAUGAGCCGCAGGAUUUGGCUGCUGCUGCUUCGCCCAAAACGGAGAGCGACACGCCGCUGCUAAAUGGCAGCUACAACAACAACAACAACAACAGCAGCAGCAACAACAACAACAACAAUAACAAUGGCAGCUCACCCAAAUCCUCGUCAGCCGCUGCCAGUCCGCAGGCGUCGCGCCUGCCGCUGCCGCCGCGCAGCCCGGCGGACAGCCAGCGCUCGGCCACGCCCAAAUCGCCAGCAUCCAGCCACAAGUCGUACGACGGCAGCGAUGGCAACAACAAGAAAUAUCCAAGUGAUUCCCUCAACGCGCUCAGCUCCAUGUUCGACUCUCUCGGCAGCAGCGGCGCCGGCGGCGGCGGCAGCAGCGGAGCUGCAAAUACGCGCGCCAAACUGGCAGCGGCUGCCUCGGCAGCGGCGGCGGCAGCGGGAGCUGGUGACUCCGCGGUGCCGGAGAAUCUGAGCGCCAGCAAUUCGCUGGCUGCACUGCGUCAGUUCUGCGUGAAGAAAGAGAAGACCGCCUAAAAAGUGGGCACGCCAAGAAUUGCCACCGAAUAUUUUUCGUUGUUUCGAACAAAAGAUUUUUAUCAACCUUUUUGUUUGCCAAGCUUGGCGCGCGCGAGCGCCACUCCCCCCUCCCCUGUGGGGCGUGGCGUGGCGGGGGGCAAAGUCAAGCGACUCUUCAUUCAGUACGAACCAGACCAUAUAUAAUAUACACUUUAUAUAUGAUGUCAGAUCGAUCGAAAGGACAUUUCGACAAAACGCAGCGCGUCGCGGCAGUUGGGCAGCCGUUUCUGUCUGCCGGGAAACACAAAUUCCGCCGCCCACUGGCACGCGCCACGCCCACACGUCAGCCACGCAACUGGGCCGACUUUUUCAAGGAUCGUUUCCUCUGCGCCUCGUGACAUCCUUGAAAGACUUUGGCAUCUGUCAGCUGAACCGGGCGUUGUUUUUCUUUAACCUUGGGCUCAUUGCCCAGAAAUCAAUUGAAAUUUAGAAAUGAAAAAACAAAAAAUACCAAAAAAAGAAAGAAAAAGAAAACAAUAAGAAAAAGGCCCUUUUCAGGGCUGCCAAACGCCUGGGCAAAGAGAAUGAAAUUGGAAAAAUGAAUCAUUGUGAUCAAAAUAAACCGACUUUUAUUGAAUUUAUAAAACAGAAA